UACGUGUAAAGCUGUCCUUUGAUGAAAAUGGCAGCAGAGAUAUAAAUAAACUUUUACGUUGGCCCGAACAGGUAAGCAGAGAAUAAUUUAUGGGGUUUAAGAGGAAGUGUAACACUGGUGGCGAUUAAGAAGACGAAGAGGAAGAAGGGGUCGGAUGUGACGCCAGCGUCCUGCCUCCAAAGCGACCGGAGCGCAGUUUUCUUGUGUUAUGAAAGAGUGACAUGUUGGAUAACUGCUGGUUCCCUGCGCUUACACAACGCCAUGUGGAGAGGCCGGGGUCUUCGGCUCGUCUAGUGUCGCCACAGGACACUGGAACGAAGUGUCUUUGAACGAAAAGAGAAGGAAAAGGCGGCAUGGCAAAGCGGAGAGAGCGCGCAGAGACAGGGGCCGAUACAAAGAGACCGAGGCAGGUGAAGAGCGGCGCAGCGAAAGCAAGAGCAAAGACGAAAGAUGCAGGUAAUGUCAUCACAGAGAAAGAGGAGAAGCUCGAGAGGAAGGUUAAACCCAAGUCACGUUUGCCAUCAAAACCAGCAGCAAAGAACAACUCUUCUUCCAAAUCCACCACCGCCACUGCUGUCAAAACCAGUAAAUACUUCCAGUCACCAGUGAAGGAGGAGGAGAUUGACAGUGAAGACGACUUUGACAUGGUAACCUCACCAGCACGUCUGGUUACGGUGAAAACCAAGAAACCAGAGAAAAAAGAAGAAGAGGAGGAGGAGGAGGAGGAGGAGGAGGAGAACUACCUCUCUGGACUACUCAAGUGGUUUAGAGCAACGUUCACCCUCAACCCCAGUCUUCCAUGUGAGGAGCGUCCAGACCCCCGGGCUCUCCUGGAGAGGCGGCUGGCCAGCCUCUCAGCCAGGAACCACCAGGAGAUGACUCAUCUGUUCCUGUUGGUCUUGAGGUCUCUGCAGCUCUUCUCCCGAUUGGUUCUUUCCCUACAGCCGAUUCCUUUCAAAGCCCCAUCAGCCAAGUGCGAAAGGGCUGGAAUAUCUACCGGUGCCCCAGGAAAGAGCCACAAAAACCAAGAAACCUUAAAGAACACCUCUCCUGAGCAGAAGGUCUCUCCUGGCACCAAGAGACCAGCUGGAGAGGGGAAAGCAAAGCAAGACAGAGGAGGAAAGAAAGCAAAGAGAAAAGAAAUAAAAGAGGAGGACGAAGAGGAGAAGGCUAUAACAUCAGGAGGGCAGAGACCAAAGAACUCAAAACGCCGCAGUGUAGCCUCAAAGGUAAGCUACAAGGAGGAGAGCAACAGCGAAGGGGAAGAGGGGCUUAGAGAUGAGGAAGAAUUUCAAGUGACCAGUGAGGGGGAGAGUGAGGAUUCAGAGAGUGAGGCUAAAUCCACAAAGGGAAGGAACAAGAGGGGGAAGAGCAAAGCUAAAGCGAUCAACAACAAGAACACAGGAGCUCCGAAGAGAAGGAGUGGUGGAGGGCAAAAAGAGGGAAAAGACGAGGGAGACAAAAAGUGGGAGGAAGGAGAGGACGAUGAUGAUGAAGAUGGAGAAGGAACAACGAAUAACGGAAUAAAACGAAGGAGCGGGAAGAAGAAGGGGCCUGGAGCUGAUGAGUGGUUGGAGGUCUAUUUGGUAAAAACGUCUUCCUGGGUUUGCGUGGAUGUUGAGCACGGUGUCGGGAUGCCCCACCUCUGCUCCCAGAAUGCAACAGUGCCGGUGACAUACGUGGUGUCAGUGGACGGGGAUGGAUUUGUGAAGGACCUAGGAAAGAAAUACGACCCCACCUGGAUGACAUCUUCCAGGAAGAGGCGGGUGGAUGAGGACUGGUGGGAGGAAACGCUCGAGCCAUUCCUGGGACCCGAGGAUGAGAGGGACAAAAAGGAGGAUAAGGAGCUCCAGAAUAAGCUUCUGAACAAACCCCUGCCGAUCUCUAUAGCGGAGUAUAAGAACCACCCACUGUACGCCUUAAAGAGACACCUGCUGAAGUAUGAAGCCAUCUAUCCUCCAACAGCCACCGUACUGGGAUACUGCAGAGGAGAGCCGGUAUAUUCCAGGGAUUGCGUGCACACCCUCCACUCCCGAGACACAUGGCUGAAAGAAGCACGAACAGUCAGAAUAGGAGAAGAGCCAUUCAAAAUGGUGAAGGGCUUCUCUAAUCGUUCCCGUAAGGCCAGGAUGAUGUCUGAGCUGAAGGAUGAAAAUGACCUGCCUCUGUUUGGAGAAUGGCAGACUGAAGAGUACCAACCGCCUAUAGCCGUGGACGGGAAGGUUCCCCGUAACGACUACGGUAACGUGUACCUGUUCAAGCCCUGUAUGUUACCGGUGGGCUGUGUUCACCUCAGGCUGCCCAACCUGCACCGCGUGGCCAGGAAGCUGAACGUCGACGCCGCCACUGCGGUCACAGGCUUUGACUUCCAUGGAGGAUACUCGCACGCUGUGACUGACGGUUACAUUGUGUGUGAGGAGCAUGAAGAGAUUCUCAGAGCUGCCUGGGUGGAGGAACAAGAGCUGCAGAAACAAAGGGAGAAAGAGAAAAAAGAAAAGAGGGUGAUCUCCAACUGGACUCUGCUGGUGAAAGGACUCCUGAUCAGAGAGAGGCUUAAACAGCGCUACGGCAAGAAGAACCAGGGGUUGGGGAACCUUGCUCAUGGAGACGACACCGGUGGGCUUUCAUCUGAUGAGGAGGCGGUUGAGGGUGGAAGUCCUGAAGCUAAGACUGCAUCUGAAACUCUGGCCAUGUCCUGGCCUCAAAACAGACAAGCAGAGGAGGACGGAGGGAACGCCAGCGGACUGAAGAAAAAGUUGACAACAAAACGACAGAAGAGAGGGCAAGAGAAACAAUUGUUCCCCUUUGAGAAAGUAUAAUGUGGGAGAUUGAAAACUAUACUCAUUUCAAGCUUUGAUAAAUCAAGGUUGAGUACACUCUUCUCUUGAAAUAAGCACUUGAUUUUCUGCUCCGGAUAGUAACUUGUUCAAAUGCCCUUAAAGCAGGAUAAAAUGUGUCUCAGGUGCAAUAGAUUUGAAAUCACUGUAGCAAGUCUGGUCAACCCUGGAACCUAUGACAGUAACACUAUAAGGAGGAGCGCGUGAAAGAGGAGGAGGAUAGGAAUGUUUUGUAGUGAACUGAUUUUCAGACUGAACAGUUUAUUCCAGAGGUUAUAAUGAAUGCAUGAAACCCCCUCCUCUCCUAUUGUACAUAUUCCCAUUAGUACACAUACCGUAUUGUUGUUUUUUUUCGUAUGAGAGAGAUACAGUUUGUGCAAAUAAGCCAGUGUGGGGAGCAUGCAUGUUCAGUAUCAAGUCCAGCAAGUUGAUACAUGUGCUCUUGUGCAGAACCGUGUUAUCAGGUUGUCUUGGCGAGAGCAAACUGAAUGUGAAACAAUGUGAGAACGGGGAAAUGUCCUUGCAGUUUCAUGUGAGUGUAUUUAACAUUACACAAAGACACACUCCUGGUCAUUUUACCCAGACAGCUGUGAUACACUCAACUCUCUUGCAAGUAUUCAGUGGGUGUACUCCAUUUCUGUUCAGCGCACAAAACGGUAUACAACUUAUGCCAGCUUGAACUGAUGGCUUGUGUGGAAAGUAAACUAAAUGGCAUGUGUAACAACAGCACUGCCGACAGUACCGGCUAAUAAAAGCAAACUUCCCAUGGCUGAAUGAAAUGAAAACUGCCCGCACAUAAAAGCUAUUAGAUGUUACCGCAGCCUCUCCUCUACCUGCUACUGUCUCCUCUUUAUAACAUUCUACGUAUGCAGGUUUUCCCUAGCCUUGCAAAUACGUGACAAGCAGCACGCCAGCGUUACCAAACGGAGCACAGCCAUUGUUGCUGGCUUGACUGUUCACCGUGUUUUUUGUUCAACCACUAUGCACUUUCGAGUAGAUGUAACUGACUGGGUUGAAGAGUGUUGUAAUCUGACAGAGAAGCACAUGUGAACCACGUAAUGGAAAAUGUGAAAAUUACUAAGACAGCAGCUAAGAAGUUGUUGAAUGUCUUCCUAGUUCUCACACUCUUGUCUCGAUUUCUCAGAAAUAAUGUACUUCCCAUUUUUCUCUCUUUUCUUGUUAGGCUGCGACAGUAUGUUCCUGGAGGCUCACUUGUUUCUGCUGUAUUCUGGUGUAUUAGUUGUCAAAUUCAGCCUCUUUAUCUCACACUAAUCUCUUCCACACUUUUCUCACUGUUUCACAGCAUGUGUACAGCAGCUGGUGGCUGUGUUUAAAGUAGUAAGCAGUUUUUUUAUGAAAAGUAUUUUUGUAAGAAAUGUUUCAAUUAAACUAAAAAGCAAAACAACCAA